UUACGUGUUUAUCACAAAAAAACCGCCAAAUGCUCUGCUUGUCAGAACGUUUAAAGCUUGAUUGGACUUUUGCUAACGAUGCUUGAAUUAUAACCCCGGAAAACCUCGCAUUCCAGUGUCGACAGCAAGCAAGAGAUGACUCGGAUGGGCAAAGAACCUGCAAAGAUUGAGGCUCAGCUCACUUUCCCUCCUCUCGACGAAAGUCAUUAUAGCUUGCGCCCCAAAGACGCUGCAUUUUACAAGAAGCUCACCGGAAUUGAAGACGAUGUCGCCCUGAAGCAACAUAUAUUAAAUGUGCAACAGAAAGCAUACAAGGUUGCCCCUUACGGUAGCAUCUUACUGUUAUCUUUCCUCAGGCGAAACCUGUCGGAGCUACCUGCUUAUCAGCAAAUCGUGCGCAUCGGACGUACACGCAAGAACCCAUUGCUCCUUGACAUUGGCUGCUGCUUCGGCAAUGUCCUCAGGGAAGCGGUUUUUGAUGGUUUUCCUGCAUCCGGGGCGAUCGGAAGCGACCUUCAUCAAGAACUCUGGGAUCUGGGGCAUGAACUUUUCAAGUCGUCUCCAGAGACCUUUCCAGGUCACUUUGUAGGUGGUGACGCCUUCGACCCGGAAAUCCUCGCCGUGGCCCCGCCUGCGACAGCAGCAGUUCCAAUUCCCGACCUCAACAAUCUCACUUCUUUGAAUCCUUUACAUGGAUGUUUUUCCGUAAUCCACGCAACAGCGUUCUUUCACCUGUUUAAAGAAGACAGGCAGCUGCACUUAGCCCGUGCUUUCGCUGGCUUGCUCUCCGCUGAGUCAGGCUCGGUCAUUCUCGGGGCGCACGUAGGCGCACAAGAGAAGGGUACCGUGAACAAAGUAUUUAACGGUGUCGAGGUCGACAUGUUCGCCCACGACCCAGAGAGCUGGAUUGCCAUGUGGGAUGGUGAAGUAUUCCAGAAGGGGACGGUCAAGGUGGAGGCAGAGUUGAGGCAGGAAACAUACGGUGCUGUAGAGACGGACGGACACCCGUUGUCUUUGUUCUGGUCUGUGACAAGGUUGUGAUCUCCUUGCCACUGGUAGAAAUCAUUAUAUUGGAGAUACCCUGAUGUACAAUCGUUGCCAUCACGGUCCUUUGCCGUCGUGAUGGAAUAUAAUUUUUUGUCUCCGGUGAAAUGCC